GACAUAAAUGACGACUCUCUCCGUUUCAUUGGCCUCUCAAAAACAACACAAAAAUAUGAAGGUCGCUUGGUUGGGGAUGGGUGUUAGGCCGGCAUGUAAAAGUGAAAUGACGUGGCUUAUAAUGUAGAAUUGUUGUUUUACCGCACUCAGGCAAUUUAUAUAGAGGCUGCCACCAUGAUGGAGGACCUGGGCACAUAUCUGUCCCAGGCGGGGCCAAACGGCUGCAUGGCCACCUACCAGGAGCCGCUGCCGCCCCACGCCGGGCCCGACUCGCGCUGCAUCCUGUGUGACUCGUACAUCACGUGCGCUGACGAGCCGCCCACCGGUGUCGACAUCAACGGCUUCCGGCUGCCGAGCACGCAGGAGACUCUGGCGGAGAAGCUGGACACGGUGGUGCACCCCGGCUGUGGGGUGUCGCUCCACACAGCGGCCCACCACUGGCAGAUGAAGUACAUUUGUAUGGCGUGUUCUGCCGUCAUCAUGACACUGGACUCGUACGAAACAAAGAUUCUAGAGAUUCGGGAGGAGAUCAAGCGAAAGUUUCUCGACAUGAUGAAAAUUCGAGCAGAGAAGUUCGGCGCACUUCAGCCCCUCCCGCCGCCGCUGCCAUCGCCGGCCGAGCGCGUCUCCUCUGUGAAGCGGGAGCCGCGGGAGGAGGCCGGCGCCGCCGCCGCGGUGGUCGCCGCGCCCGCCGGCGCUCCGGACGAGACCAGUGAGGAGCGCCUCGAGUGCGAGGUGGAUCUGCACUGCGCCGACCCGCUGCCGGCCGCGCCCAACGGCGUGUCGCCGCCCGGCUCCGAGACUGAGCUCACCUGCGGCGCCUGCAACAAGAGCUUCCGUAACAAGUACAACCUGAAGCGGCACAGCACCGUGCACGCCGGCGUCAAGCCGUUCAGCUGCGAGUUCUGCGGCCGCGCGUUCCGGCUCAAGGACCAUCUGAAGACGCACACGCGGUGCGGCCCGGCGGCGGCGCCGCUGCAGUGCGCCCCGUGCGGCCUGACGUUCCCAUGCUUCACCCUGUACUCGGAGCACCGGCAGCAGUACCACAGCGAGGGCGGCGACAACCCGUGCCGCCACUGUGAGCUGGUGUUCACGACGGCCACCGAGCUGCGCCGCCACUGCCGCCAGCAGCACCCGCACCCGGUCAAACAGGAGUUCCGCUGCUCCGUCUGCGGCAGGGACUUCCCCAACGGCUUCAACCUGCGGCGCCACCUGCUGAUCCACUCUGGUGAGCGGCCGUUCGGCUGCGACCUCUGCGGCAAGCGCUUCACGCAGCCCUCCAUCCUGAAGAAGCACACCCGGGUGCACGACAAGAAGCCGCCGGAGCUGAAGGAACUUCUCACAUCGAUGUAAGCAGCCCGAGAGGGUGGUGUCUCACCUCGAUACUCUGGGGGAGUCCCCUUGUGGAAGACGGGUGUCCCGGGGUGUUCCCGGGCGCCGACAGAACGGGCCCGAUCGGGGUCAGGGCAUCCUCUCCCCCGUGGCCCAUCGCAUGCUCAUUUAUCGAUGGUAGCUGCUGGUCGAGCUGUCCCUUGAUACUUUCCGUUGAAGACUAGUUCAAAUCGCUCGCGUCUGUUCAGGUUCUUUGGAGUAAGUGUUUUGAUCCUCCUGUUGCUAGAGUGAUAGUGUUGGAUGUUUGCGGUCAGAAGCUGCUUUAACACCUUUUUAGAUGUCUUUUUUUUUGUGUCGCUACCGCAUUCAUUUACUUGUUUUUGUUUCAAGGGUCGUAUUGAGUUUAUUCAGUUCAGUUUUGACCAUGUUUCAUAACAGCAUCAUUGAAGUAUUGUUUGUUAGAGAAAAGAAGUUAUCGAUGUUAUUUUGUCGGAUUGUUUUGCUGUGUUACAGCCAGUCUCAGAUUCUUUUGUGGUUGUGUCGACUGAUAAGACUCCAUUUUUGUUGUGCAUUUCCAGCUUAGCUGCUGCUUUAUAUUGUUUCUCGUAUUUCAGCUGUUCGUUGUGGGGAUGACUGAUAUUACUGCUGGUCGGUUAGGACAUGCCGACCGUAUCCUGUGCCAAACUGUCGGGGCAUGUUUAUCCCGUGCCGAAACUUCCUAUGGGUAUUGCCGUAUUGCACUUCGGAUUCACAACUCUUUUCAGCUGACCCCUUAUUUCAGUAUUACACGAAGAAUUAUUUGCUAGAUGAAUCUAGCGAGAUGCUAUUUGCUAGAAGCUUCCAGUUUACCGUACUCUGCUAAAACGGAAUAUCCUGAAUCUCGAGAUGUAUAAACCUUCUAAAACAAUGUGUUCGUAAAUAAUGUAAACUACUUUGGGCAGCUCUGUAGUAACAAAUAGUCAUGGUUGGUUUUACCUGAUAUCUCACGUUAAUUGUGGGUUAUGGCGCAAUGCCCGACCUUACGAACCGAUGCGUCACUGCCAUGUCACCUGUUAAACCGCAAUACGGAAGAAUAUCCAUUGAAGAGUACCUUUUCUCUCAUUCGCUUCCAUUGCCCUGUUGUUUCGGCUGCCAGUGUAGAGCAGUUUCGUACGUCUGCCAGUGUAGGACUCUUGGGUAUCCAUUUCUGCAGCGUUGAGCGUUCGUGGUAUGACAGCGUGUUGCGCUCUGAGAGAGCCAUUUCAUGUUCCCGUCUGGGUGUACCCAUCCUCGCUCGAUCUAAUCUAUGGUAUGACGGAUACUAUGUAGCCCGUCGAACGUCAUUUUCGUGUAGCGAUGCCGACUUCAGCCAGUGGACGUUAACGCUGCGUCUGUGCAGCCCGGCGCCUCCAGUCGACUCGAGCGUUGUGAGCUAAGGCGCGGGCACCUGAGCGGCUGUUCUCUUCCCUCCCCCGCGCGUGGGACCGGACUUCCUGAGCGUGUCCCUCAGAGGACGGCGUGUGUUGGGUCCGUGACUCCGCUCCCACCAGGUGCUGAGUCAGUUCUCUGGCGAAGACGGCACCGGACCACUAGUAACAUGGCGCAUUAGGGCUCGCGCCUCGUUUCCGUAAUAAUGUACAAUCGACUCUGUCAUAGGUGAUGUGGUCUAUGAUAUCUGAUAGCAACUUCCACUGUUGGUCGCUUUUUAACAAUGCGUUUAUUUUAUAACUUAUUUUUUGUUGGAUCUGUCCGUGUUAGUUGGUGAUGCUGGUGUGUGGAGCUUAGGAAUCGUUCUUACGAAUUAGCUAGAAAGAAUAAUAUACGACGUUCUGUCA